CUGGUAUAAGUCAACAGUUGGACAAACCUGGUGUUAAGAAAAUCACCAACAUCCUAGCUUUGGCAAAAUCUUCAUAUGUUGCUCCAUUCUCUAAGCUUGCUGGACAAAUUAAGGAUGGUUCCAAACAAGCCGAGAGCAACUUGAAAUUCCUUACUGUGUUGAAAGACCCCUGUGUGGAACUAUCAGAUGCUCAUCCAAAAGACAUACCAGCCAUGCUACCCAAGAUCCUCAAUCUAAUUAGGAUGAUCUGGGUCAACUCAGACUUCUACAAAUCAAGGGAAAGAUUAACAGGCAUUUUGAGAAAGCUAAGCAAUGAGGUGAUUCGCAGAUGCUGUAAACUGAUUGAUUUGGACAAAAUAUUUGACGGCUAUGUGCAGAGUAGUAUGAAAAUCCUGAAUGACAGUAUUACAUGCUGCGAAACCUGGAAAGAGAUAUACGACAAGGCUGCUAGAUUACAUCACAAAUUCUCCCAAGCUGGCUGGGUACUGGACAAGAGCAGUAUAUUUGCACAAGUCGAUGCCUUUGUACAAAGAUGUAAAGAUUUGUUAGAGGUGUGUGACAGUCAGAUUCACUUCGCAAGGAAGGAAGAAGGCAACCAGACUGAAAUCCCUCACUUUGCUGGCCAGAGGAGUCCAGAAAUUGUCAGAGGACUAUUGGAAAUCGAGCAGACAUUUGCAAGAAAUUUGAAUAUUUUAAAGAAUGUCAAAAGCACAAUCUUGGAUGUGAAGGCCACGUCAUGGCACGAUGACUAUAACAGGUUCCGAGCUGGAAUGAAGGACCUUGAAGUUAUGAUGCAGAAUACGAUCAAUUCAGCGUUUGAGACGGUCACUACUGUAGAGGGAGGGGUGGAAGUACUUGAUGUCUUCAUGCAUCUCUCAUCAAGAGAGGCCAUAAGAAGAAUGAUUGACAAAAAGACAGUGGAGGUGUUUGCCUUGUUCAACGAUGAGCUAAAUGCUGUCAAGAGAGAACUUACCCAGAAGGCCGUGCCACUUCCACAGGCUCACCCCAAGUUUGCUGGAUCUGCACAUUGGGCAAGAAUGCUAAAGAACAGGAUUAUUAGAUCUAUGGGGAUGCUGGACAGAGCAUAUUUCUUGCCUCACAUUGGCACUGGAGAUGAAACUCGAACGCAGUAUCAACAACUCUGUCAGGCCUUAGAUGAGUACACAAGGAAAACAUUCAAUGAAUGGACGCUGACAGUUGAUAAGGAACCAGUAAAGCUUCUUGAAGUGCCACUUAUGAAACGAAGUAGUCAGAAAGCACCAAUGAUUGACAUCAACUUUGACAGGAAUUUGCUGAAAUUGUUCCAAGAAAUCCACUACUGGGAGAGACUGAUGUUUGAAAUACCUCAUUACGCAGCCGAUGCCUACACCAAGAAAGAAGACCUGAGAACUUUACGAGAACAUGUCCUUUUGGUCGUGAGAGAUUACAAUCGUAUUAUAGCAGCUUUAUCGCAAGAAGAACGAGGACUUUUCAGAGAACGAAUCAAAUUCUUAGAUAAGAAAAUACACCCAGGAUUGACAAAGUUGACUUGGGCGUCAAAAGGAAUCUCAGAUUUUUUUGUAGCUGAUUGCAGGCUACACUCAAGCAAGUGCCAAGAAAUCGUAGAUGACUACAAACGUGCCAAUAUGACAAUAUCCCUCAACUGUAAAAAGAUCAGUGAGAUGUUAUCCGUACAUAUUGACAACAAAAAAGUUUAUGAAAAUAUGGAGUUUGAUGAAGACCAGUCGCGACAUCGAGGCAACAUCCAAAAACGCCUACAAGACACACAUGAUGAUAUUGUACGAAUCAUGAGAGGCACAUAUGAGGUCUUCAAAGGGGAUCCAGCAGAGGUACAACAACAUUGGCACAGAUACACAGAGAAGAUGGACAGAAUGGUUGAAGAAGCAUUCAGAUUGAAUGUCAAGUGGUCAUUACAAGAACUCUCAAAAGCUAUUAAUGGAGAUGGGAAAACAGCACCAAACCCUCUUUUCAGGGUUAAGGUGGUCCUAGAAGGAGACAAAGUAGAGUUUGCCCCCACCUUAAAACAACUAGCAACCUCUGUGGGGAGUAUAGGGCAACAUCUUACAGACACAAUAAAGGGAAUACGCAGACUCCCUGAUCUCCUGACAAGAAAAAAAUCCACAAAAGAGCCAAUAAAUGAAGUCAUAUCAAAAGAUGAAGAAACCAAAAAAAUCUCCAAUACGAUUAACACAGGCAUGCAGGGAAAUGCUCAAAACUUACAGAAUUAUCUUGGCACCUGGGACAACUAUAGGGAAAUCUGGGAAAUUAACAAGGACUCAUUUAUAAGGAGAUACCAGAAACUGAACCCCCAAGUGUCAUCGUUUGAUGCUGAUAUAGCCAGGUACACAGAGGUGGCUAACAAUGUUCAAACCCAGGAGACUAUACUAAACAUACAGUUUGUCCUUCUGGACUGCUCUCCUCUCAAGUUUUCCAUACUUGGACAUUGUCAAGAGUGGCAGAAUAAAUUCACGACGUUAUUGAAGAAUAUCGCGACUGAAAAACUUCAAGAUAUAACCAACUUCUUGAAGACACAAGGAGAGAAGGUGAGCAAACCACCACAGACCUUAGAUGAACUUGGUGAAAGUCUCACACUUCAUGAGAAACUUGACAAAGACCAACCCACAAUAGAGGCCAAGUUUACACCCCUCUAUGACCAGUUUGGUAUCAUGGAAAAAUAUGAGGUGCCAGUUUCUGAAGAGGUGACCAACAUGUUGAACAACCUCAACAAUGAAUGGGUGGCUUUCCAGCAAAUCCUCAUCGAUUCUGAUGUCAUGUUGAAAAAACAUAAGGAAAAAUUCAAGACUGGUCUCCUUGCUCAGUCUGAAGAAUUCAAAAAACAAGUUGGUAGUCUUGUGUCAGACUUCCAUUCCAAUGGUCCAUUUAGUAGCAAUCUGAAUAGUGCCGAGGCCUUGGAGAAUGUGAAGAAUAUAAGAGAACAUUUGAAUCAGUUGAAAGAACAAGAACAGACCCUGCGAAGAGGGUUGGGUAUUUUCAAGAUUGACCAGCCACCUAGUAAAGAGGUCGCCACUCUAGAAAAGGAGCUUGAAUACAUUGAGACUGUGUGGAUGUUAACCCAGGAAUGGGAAGGAAAUUGGGAAUCCUGGAAAACUGGCAAGUUUGCUGAGCUUCAAACAAAAGAGAUGGAUGAAAAAGCUACUACAUCUUUUAAGAAACUCAACAAAUUGUCCAAAGAACUCAAGGACAAGAACUGGGAUAUUGUUGAGACUAGUCGCAACAAAGUGGACCAGUUCAGACGUACAAUGCCAUUAAUCACGAAUCUCAAAAAUAAGGCUAUGAGGGAUCGCCAUUGGGGAACAAUCAGGACGGAGAUGCAGAAACCAUUUGACGAAAAUAGCGACGAGUUCACGCUCGAAAAGAUCAUAGAAUUUGGCUUUGAUCAGUACGCAGACAAGAUUAAUGAAGUUUCAGAAGCAGCCUCUAAAGAACUUGCGAUAGAACAGACAAUAUUAAGAAUGGAGACAGACUGGAGUGCAACCUAUAUGGUUGUCGUUGUAUACAGAGAUAAGGGCUUUAUGAUCAAGAGUACAGAUGAUGUCUUCACAGUCCUGGAAGAUCACCAGGUUCAGCUGUCAACCAUGAAAGCAUCAAGGUUUGUCAAAGCAUUUGACCAAGAUGUUGAUAAAUGGGAAAGGACACUUUCACAUAUUUUGGAAGUAACUGAGAUGUUGCUGACUGUACAGAGGCAAUGGAUGUAUUUGGAGAAUAUAUUCCUUGGAGAGGACAUUAGGAAGCAGCUGCCUAAUGAAUCCAGGGACUUUGAGGACAUUAAUGUGAAAUGGAAAACCAUCAUGACUCGACUGAAUAAAGACAAGAAUGCACUCAGAGGAACACAUCAUGAAGGACUGCUGGACAACUUGAAUGAGAUGAAUGGAAAACUUGAGGAGAUUCAGAAAUCCCUCGACAUGUACCUGGAAACUAAACGUCAGAUAUUUCCAAGAUUUUACUUCCUGUCCAACGAUGAUCUUUUGGAGAUUCUUGGUCAGUCGAGGAAUCCUGAAGCAGUUCAGCCUCAUCUGAAAAAAUGUUUUGACAACAUUGUCAAAUUAAAGAUGGGGAAGACUGCGAUUACCCAGAAAUGGGAAGCAGCUGGAAUGUCUGCGGCUGAUGGGGAAUACGUAGAGUUUGGUCACCCUGUAUUACUCGAAGGGCCUGUUGAGGCAUGGUUAUGUGAUAUUGAAAGGACAAUGAGGUGGACUCUUAGGGAUAGCUUAAAGAGUACACGUUUGAGUCUCAAGAAAAUGCUUAGUAAGAGAGACAAGUGGAUCAAGGAAUGGCCAGGACAAAUGUGUAUCACCUCUAGUCAAAUGCAGUGGACAGCUGAUGUCACCAAGGCCCUAGCAACCACAAAAGAACGCGGCGACAAAAAGGCGCUAAAAUCCAUGAAGAAAAAACAGAUUGCUAUGCUCAAUAAGUUCUCUGAAGCAGUCAGAACAAACCUCACAAAAAUUCAACGAUUAAAAAUUGUUGGGCUCGUCACAAUUGAGGUGCAUGCCAGAGACAUUAUUGAAAAAUUGAUCAAAACAGGAACAAAUGACGUCACUUCAUUUGAAUGGCUUAGUCAGCUUAGAGUCUACUGGGAUAGGGACUAUGAUGACUGUGUAGUGAGACAGACCAACACACAGUUCCAGUAUGGCUAUGAAUACUUGGGCAACAGUGGACGUCUUGUCAUCACACCAUUGACUGAUAGGUG